AUGAGAAAUACCCUGACGAUCAACAUUGCGCUUGCGGACUUGGCGGUCGGUCUACAGCUCGGACGUUUGAGAUACCCCGGAUCCAUACCUAUCUGCGGUCCGCCAUGCUCGAACGAAGAUGACAAACCUACUUAUGCUUCGAUGAUAUCACCCUAUCCACCAACGAUCAAAAUCAUCCGAUCAGAACACAUCGUCAACAAGUCUAAAAUGUCUAGCACAACUUCUCCAGCUGAGCCGUGGUCCUUGAAGGGCAAAACUGCCAUCGUCACCGGAGGCUCCCGCGGAAUCGGCAGUGGAAUUGCCGUACACUUUGCCCGCAAGGGCGUGGAAAACCUCGCCAUCACGUACGUGGCAAACAAGGCCGCUGCCGAUAAUACUCUCGCACAAUGUCGCGAAUUGGGUGUCAGAAAUGCUGUUGCAAUCAAAGCGGAUUCAAUCGAUCCCACAAUCGCCCCAAAGAUCAUUAAGGAUGCCUUGAACGGACUGAAAGUUACGACUAUUGAUAUUCUGGUCAACAAUGCGAUUCUCGCUGAUAUUACCAACACCUCGGACGUCAAGACGCUGCAAGCCAAGGACUUCAACGACAUCAUGGUCGCAAACGUCUACACCCCGGUCAGCCUGACAACGGCUUUCAUGGAGCAUGCGCCCAAGUACGGUGGUCGCGUCAUCAACAUCUCCAGUAUUGCCGGUAGAGUGGGUAAUCCGAGCCCGAUCAUGACGUACGGAGCCACGAAAGCCGCGCUCGAUAGCUUCACGAGGUCUUUUGCAGACACCUUUGCCGCAGAGAAGGGAAUGACUUUCAACAGCGUGGCGGUUGGACCCACGGAGACCGAUGCGCUCGCUAAGGCGAGGGAACUGCAUGCGGAGUUCAUCGACAAGCAGAUCGAGUACAUGACUGUUGGUCCACGUCUUGGGAACACUGAUGAUAUCGCCUAUAUCGUGGGAUUUCUUGCGAGUGAAGAGGGACGUUGGGUCAACGGAGCUGCUGUCAGCGCAAACGAGUACAUGAAUCAACCACGUUCAAUCAUGGAAGGGGUCGCCGCGACCGACAAUCUGACGGCAACAGCCAUUCAUAAAUUGAAAAUACUGCGUAACGUAUUCAUGAGAAAGACGAGUCCUCACACUAUUACACGCUAUUUCCACUCCGCAAUGUACAAGUACCUAGCUUAUUUUAGCUCACUCCACCUUCGCAUCGUGCAGCGCACCAAAUACGGCGACUUCCGGGCUGCUCCGGCUCCCGACAUCCGAAACGGCAGCCCGGGUAUCCGGUUGAUUUCAUCCAACAUGCAACCGCCUCCAAGAAAGCUUGUCAACGUUGAUCAGAUCAUCGAAAAUGCCACACUCGCAGAGAAGGUCUCGCUGCUUGCCGGCUCCGACUUUUGGCACUCCACCCCUCUUCCCCAGCACAACGUCCCGGCCAUCAAAUGCACCGAUGGACCCAAUGGCGUCAGAGGCUCACGAUUCUUCAACCCAGUGCCUGCGCUUUGCAUCCCUUGUGGGAGCGGCCUAGGAGCAACAUGGAACCCUGAGUUGAUCGAGCAAGCUGGCCAGCUGCUUUCCAAAGAAUGCGACGCCAAAGGUGCCCAUGUCUGGCUCGGCCCAACGGUCAAUAUCAUUCGCUCCCCGCUGAAUGGUCGUGGCUUCGAGUCCUUCUCUGAGGACCCGCACUUGAGUGGAAUGCUUGCAGCUGCUAUCAUCAGGGGGGUUCAAUCUCGAGGGACUCUGGCAGCUCUGAAGCACUUUGUGGCUAAUGAUCAAGAGACCGAAAAGAUGUCUCUCGACGUGCGCAUGUCUGACAGGGCACUUCGAGAAGUCUAUCUCUUACCUUUCCAAAUCGCUUUGAGAGACAGCAAUCCCAGAGUAGUGAUGUCUUCUUACAACAAAAUUGGCGGCCUGCAUGUUUCUGAGAACUCCAUGAUUCUUCAAGACAUCCUGCGGAAAGAGUACGGCACCUACUCUUGUGAGGGAGCGCUCAACGCUGGCGUUGACAUUGAGAUGCCCGGCCCUAGUCGUUACAGAGAGAAAGAAGCCCUUGCCGCAGUCUUCUCCGGCAAAGUACAACAACACACCAUAGACGAGCGAGCGCGAAAAGUUUUACAGUUUGUCAAUGACGCGGCUUCAGCUCGCGUCGAGAAGGAAGAGAAUAUGCGGGAUGUUCUUGAAGACAGGGCCCUGAAUCGCCGUUUAGCAGGCGAGAGUAUCGUGCUGUUGAAGAAUUCUGCCAAUCUAUUGCCAAUAUCAACCGAAGACUGCAGUGAAGUGGCCAUCAUCGGGCCAAAUGCUGAGCUCGCAGCUGCUUGUGGAGGAGGCAGCGCGAGUCUUCGACCAUACUACACCAGUUCCGUACUCAAGGGCAUACGGGACUCACUACCUCCUACAGCUGAAGUACACCAUGAGCCGGGUGUGUAUGGAUAUAUCUUGUUACCGCCUUUCACAGAAGACAACGUGUGCAAUGAUGAAGGUCAACGAGGUGUGACGAUCGAAUUAUUCAACGAGCCGCAUAUGAUCAAACAGCGAAUGCCGUUUGAUCGUGUUACGAUACCGGACACCACCUAUCAACUGAUGGACUACGAGCAUCCCCAGAAGGGAGAAACUUUCUUCAUGUCUAUGCGUGCAAAUUUCGUUCCAGAACACACCGGCACGUACGAAUUCGGUUUGGCGACUUACGGCAUUGGUGACCUAUUCAUCAAUGAUGAGCUCGUCAUUGACAACUCAACAGAACAGACACCGGGAGGCAUGUUCUUCGGCAAGGGCUCAGCCGAAAGGCGAGCAACGUAUGAGAUGACAGCUGGGAAGCGGUAUCACCUUCGCGUUGAGGCCGGCAGUGCUGCGACAUCAAAGGUGAAGGGUGGCUCACUGUUAGCGAUCCCAGGUGGCGCGUGCCGGUUAGGUGGUUGCCGUAAAAUUGAUCCUGAAGAGGGCAUCCAAAGAGCCGUCGAGCUAGCGAAGAGAUGCAAAUACACUUUUGUGGUUGCCGGACUAAACGCGGACUUGGAAAAGGAGGGCAAAGAUAGAGACACGAUGAACAUGCCGCCACAAGUAGAUAACCUUAUCGCAGCGGUUCUAGAUGCGCAACCGAACACUAUCGUGAUUACUCAAGCCGGGAAUCCAAUCAGCCUACCUUGGAGGCAUAGCGCCAGGACGAUGGUCCACAGCUGGUACGGCGGCAAUGAGGCGGGCAACGCCGUAGCGGACGUUAUAUUUGGACGCAUCAACCCCAGCGGCAAAUUGCCUAUGACCUUCCCUGCUCGGCUAGAAGACAAUCCUGCGUACCUUGCAUUCGGCAGCGACAAUGGCAAGGUCUACUACUCUGAAGACAUCUUUGUUGGGUACCGCUGGUACGAAGCGAGAAAGAUGGAGGUUGCAUUCCCAUUUGGCCAUGGUCUGAGUUACACUACCUUCCAAAUCUCGGAGAUACAGGUAUCGUCCUCCAGAGUUCACAUCAGCAUAGAAAAUACCGGGCGGAUGGCAGGCGCAGAAGUUGUCCGCCUGUACAUCAACUACUCGACUACAUCUCCCAAGUCAAGAUUUUCGCGUCCCGUUCGCUCGCUUAUGGGAUUCGAGAAAGUCCUCUUGCAGCCAGGGGAGAGAAGAAGAGUCUCAAUUCCUAUCGAUAGAUAUAGCACCGCUGUCUGGGAUGAGAAGAGGAACAGAGGCGCGAUCUUAGAUGGCUCCUUUGAGCUUGAGAAGGACGUGUUCUGGACUGGCCUUUGA